UAAUCGCGUAUACAAGAAGCUGCAACUAACAGGCAACAGCAAAGGAGUAUACAAGCAAUGAACUACAUAUCCAGCUCCACCCUCUUCCUCCUCGUAAUCUCCCAGAAUAUAUUAUUUUAUCAGAUUGCAGAUGCGGGAAAGCGGCGUGUUCACAUCACAAACGAUCUAGACGACGUCGUCGACAAUGAAGAAGACGAAGCCUGGAAAGAAUGGGGCAAAAAGAAAUCGUCCCCCGACGCCGAUUUGCCGGACAUUGAUUUCUCCCAACAAACUGAUUUUACAAAGAUGCAAACGGAAAUGAUGAAGUACCAAACCGGCCCGGCUUUUGGCUUUGUUAAGCUCCGGUUAGGUCAGCGGAGAAAACCGGAUAUGGUAUCAGAGAUUGCAUUGAAGUGGACCAAACUUUCAAAAACUGGGACUCUUGAUGUAAAGUUCAUGGGAGUUGAUUUGAGCACAAUUAUGUUCACAUUGGAGAAAGGUCAAGACUCUUUUGAGUUGAAAGAUUUCAUACUGAACCAACCAGAUGCAUAUGAGGUUAAGAUAGGAGACCAGAUUUUUCGAAGACCUGGUGAUGCUCCGUUUGAUGUUGAAUUUCAAAAACAUCACGGGGAUGAAGACAAGGUAGACUAUACCAGAUCGGCCGAGACUGACGAAUAGCAGACAGAUGAGUUAUAGUAGCCUAAUAAUAGUUAUACCCCUGAGCAGACCAUCUUAUAUCAGGAAAAGCAAGGGAUGUUGUUUUGGCAAUGUGCAGACUAGUUUAGUGGUUUCCUCAGCCGCAACAGCGUCUUUGCUGUCUGAUUGAUAGUAUUUUCCGUUAUCUUUAAAUAAUGACUAACGAGCACCUAUUUAUAUUAAUAGAUGAUUUUCUAUCUCACAUAAACGCAUCUGUGGCAACUUUUUGAGUACCGUGGAAAAUGUUGGAUUACUCCAUAUAUGCGCUUAGCAUGUCUAUAUACACCAGCAUACUCUUUUUAGUCAUAUGUUGGAAAUGUCAGUGAGAAGCUGCUUACUUUAACUUCUCUUUGAAGUUGGACCAACUGAACAGACAGUGGUGUUUGAACUGCUUGCAGCUUCAUCUUUCUCCGAGGGUGUUGCAAGUUGUAGGUUGUACCCUACCCCCGGUGUAAAAAACAAAACCAUAAAUCAAAACCCAGAAAUUUAUCUGCUUGUUGGACAGGGAUCAUCGAGGGGAAAGCAAAUUGAAUCAUUUUGAUCACAAAAUAUAUUGUAAAUACCUAGUGCCGACUGGGGCUCCUUUAUAAGCAAACUAAAAUUGAAACAAGAUGAAGAAUUUUUGUUGUGGAGGUACUGAACUACUGAUAGCUAAAGAAUUAUGUCGAACCCGAUAUAAAGUAGUGGCAGCAUCCUAGCUGGAACCAAUAUUGCUUUCAGCAUAAAUGUAUUUGCUUGGUUGAUGCCAUCGUUUCUGGAACAUUUUCUCAUUGCUGUGGCAUCGGAAGGUUUCAACACUGUUUCGGUAAGCAUUUUUUUAGUUGACUAUGUUUCUAGUUCUGAUGGUUGCUCUUAAGCACGUGGUAGCAAUUCAAUCCCCGAUUUUAGAUACACACCUACGAAAUUAUAGCACGGAUAUAAGAAAAGGUUGUUAUAAUUUAUUCACUUCAACAUUUUACAAGUUUUGUUAAAUUUUAAAACCUAAAUGGAUAUUAGGAACAAAUUUCAUGAACAAUACUACUGAACUCCCUCUGAGAGCGUUCUGACUUGUACUAUUAGUCAUGAUAUGAAGUUCUAGAGUACUUGAUUAGAUUCAGCAAAAAGCUUUUCUAUUGCCUCAAUAGUCAAGGUAUCACUUAGGUCUAUCUUAUAGAAGCACGCGUAAUGUCGAUAUUGGUUUUCGAAUUGCAAUUGCUCUAAUGAAACUGGACAUAUAGUUUGAUGCAGGGUUAAAUUAUAUUGGAGCGUUAUUGUUGAUUGUAAUGAAUGUGAAGAGGAUGCUUUAUGGAUGCUAGCUGUCCUCUUGGAGAAUGUUUGAGCUAGUGAUUGUUACACGACAAGCUUACCAGGAUGCCUUGAUGAACAAAGGGUGUUUAAGGAUAUACGGUUUAAAAUGUCCAAGGUAAUACAAUAUCUCUAAGUUCUUUGACUAGUCUUCUAAUAUGUUGGAUUCUGGUGGGGUUUAAAGCUUCGAGAAGGAAUGCAGAAUAGCCACUCAUCUGGAAGCUCUGGGAUUUGAUGUUCUCCUAGUUGCUAACGAGUGGUUUUUGGGCGCCUUUUCAAAGAGCUUGCCCUUAGAGGUUGAUCAGAGGGUAAGAGCUAAAUUUGAUUUGGGUGCUUAUGCUUUCAAUUAUAGUUGUAAUCAAUAAUUCAAUAUCAAUAUCCUUCCAUGUCAUGUGUGUCUGGGUACAUGCACAGUAAGUUGUCACACGACACGCGUUACUGCAGUCUCCUUCUCAAACUGUAAGCUCUCCAGCAUUAUCCAGAGUGGAAUCUCUGACUUCACGCUCAGGCACUGAACAGAAAGCGGGAUUAAGUUGUAAACAUCCCAAGGAUAGAAAGAUGAUUGCUUUCCAAGUUUCUGUGCAUUGGAAUGGAUGGGAGCUGAAGCAAUAUAAUAUAUAUGAAGCCAUUUCCAGGUUCCAUAAAUUAUAAUGGACUCCAGUGACAUAUUUUUGUGUCCCUAAAUAACUCCAGUAAAAUGUCUCUAUUAUAUAGUUACUAAGUUAUGUAAACUUCAUAUAGAUCAUUCAGUGUGUAAAAACAAAGAGAAGGGUCAUCAAAAUAUUCUUUCGGAAGUGUUGGACAUGGCUCAAGUAAUUUAUUUCGUAAGCUCAGUCGAGUGUUUUAGUUGUAUCUGUUUAAGAACUGCUUUAUAAGCAACUUUAUACAACAGGCUUUAAAAAUAGGAAUUUAUAUGUGUAGAUGCUGCCAGUGUUUUUGCUUGUGAUCGAGUUAGUAUACUAUGCAACCUUUCCUUUGGCCUACAACUACUCAGUUCGCUGUGAGAUUUCUUGAGGUUAAUUAUAAAUAGGAAGUGACUUUGCCCUGAAAGUUUAAGUACCCAAACAAGUUGGAGUAUUGAUUGGCUGGCUCACAGAAUAAGUAACUCAUACUAGCAUGCGUUCAAAUACAAUGAGCAGCUGCAAAUUACUCAUAUUAGCAACUAACAUUGUGGUUUUGUCAGCGUACAUCAUGUAAUGUUCAAAAACUGUUCAUCUUUGCUGCUUCAUCUUUCAGGUAUUUCUUAGAGGCAAACGAGAGGAAAGUACUUGCUUAAUUCUGCAACAAAUUCUUGAUUUAAAAAGGCUUCAGUGCAGUGAUGGAAGCAACUGUUCAUCUUUCAUGCGUUGCCAAGAAAAGCCUGACGCGUCCUUACCUGAAGAUAAUGAAAACUGGAAGCUUCAUAACAAGCUUAAUCAACAAUUCCAGGUUUUCCCCCGGUCUUGCCUCCGAACUGCAGCAGAUAGGCAGUCCUGACGACGACCUUCAUAUAUGUUCCGCUUUACACACUAUUGUGGUCUUUGCUGCUAUGUCUUCUCUGCAACUCUCUAACGAAAUAAAUUGAUCCUGAUACUGGUUGAAAUUUGAGGACUUCUCAUCCAGUUCAACAAUCUUUUACUGAGCAUUUUAUAUUCAUUUUCUUAGUUCAAAAUAUGAAUAGCCACUCGUCUGGAAGCUCUGGGAUUUGAUGUCCUCUAUUUGCUCUUGAGUGGUUUUUGUGUGUCUUUUCAAAGAGCUUGCCCUUUGAUCAGAUGGUGAGAGCUAAAUUCGAUGACCGUAUCAGACUGUAAGAAAUCUUGUAGCAGAUCAAACUGUGAUCAUAUGAGGGAGUUGCUGCAACUUUGCCUUUAGAUUACUGUAGUAUGCUACGAUGUAAAUUUAAAAUGGGGUUAAAUGGCGUUUUGGUCACUGAACUGAUCUAUAACUUUCACUUGGGUCAUCGUACUCAAAAAACUGUCAGUCAGGCCAUUUAACUAGUAAAAAUUUUCAAAUGAAUCAUCAAUCACAAUAAAAUUUUCACAGCCGUUAAAUACCUUUGACUUUAAACGAUAUUCCGUUAAAAUGUUACACAUGGGCUGCCACAUCAGCUCGUUAACCCGCCCACUAAUAAAACCACCCAACUUUUGACCCGACCCAAGCAAUAAAACCCCCGAUCUAUCUACUCAGUUCAUAUCAUUUCACUCUAACCUAAAUUAACCCCAAAUUAACUCAUCUAAACUCUAAUUGCAACCAUGGUGCGGACUCGAUCGGGUAUUGAAGUUCGUGUUACUCGACCAAACGAUGUUGAAGACGAAGUCAAUAAAGAAGGUGCAACUAAUGAUGCUGUGGAUGGUGAAUCGGAGAGUUGUGGUGAAGAAUCGAAUGGCGAAGAUGGGAAUCGGGCAACUGGAGAUGAAACAACGUAAGUAUACAUUCCUCUUAUCAUCUUGUGUUUGAAUGUACCUGCUUUUAACUAGGAUGAAGAUGGAGAGGAGAUAAGAAGAUGAAGAUACAGGAAGAGUAGAGAAAAGAUAUGGGUGUUUGGGUUUUAAAUGGGUGGGUGCAAGUGUGCAACGGUUAUAUGACCCGAUUGCCACGUUUCAAACUGCCACGUUGGUGAAAAACAAGCCACAUCAGCUGCUGAUUCAUCUUUCCGUCCAUGUUUUAACGUUGCUAACGGGUAGUGACCUGUUUGAAAUUUUUUAUCAGUGUAAUCAGUUGACUGACAGCUUUUUGAGUACGAUGAUCCAAGUGAAAGUUAUAGGUCAGUUCAAUGACCAAAACGUCAUUUAACCCAUUUAAAAUGUUAGAACUUUGGGAUCCCACGGCAAAUGAAUUAAAACAGGGUCCUCUUAUAUUAUUAUCUGACUUGGUUGGUACGGAAUCUAUAUUUUUACUGUAAAUUAUUAUUUUAAGGUAAUAAGA